AUGGCGGGCAAGGCAGGGGAGCCUCGCAUCCCCCUGGCCCUGCAGCGCUCCCGGCUGAAGGCUGAAGAGAAGACCCUGGAUUUUGAGUUCGAGGUGGUGAGUGCCCAGUUUAACCGGCAGGGCCGCUACGCCCUGCGGCUCACUGUGGAGAACCCGCUGCUGCGGGGCUCCAGCGCUGGCAUCCAGCUCUGCAUCAACAGCGGGGAGGUUGUUCAGGGCAGCACUGGCACCACCGACACCAUUGAGCAGCGUGACCUCGGCCAGGUCUACUCCUUCCAGAAAAGGAAAUUCACCUUCACCCUGCCCAAAGGUUUCUGCAAGAACGACAAGAACCACGACGUGCGGCUCCACAUUGAGGCCCUGCACUUUCCCAGGAGGGCAGAGAGGAUGUGGAGGAGCCAGCGGGUGGGUGAAGCCUUCUUUGCCAUCUAUCCCCGCACCAACCAGCCCCGGAUGAAGCUCUCCGCUGGGAGGGAUGAGGACUGGUACCACUACAGCGCCGUGAUGGCUUUGCUGCGGGUGGGCAGCAAGCAGCCAGCGAUGCACUGCGGCCGGCUGGCCCUCACCGCCCGCCUGCACGAGCACCGGGCACCCACCACACAGGCUCUACCCCCGCCACUCUCCCCCGGCACCCAGGAGGACCAGCAAGCACCAGGCACAGCCCCAGCAUCCCCAACCCUGGCUGCUCCUGUCCCCAGCCACUCGCUCUGUACACCUGAGUCUGCUUACCACUCGUUGCCCACCGAGGACCAUACCCGCUCCCCUGAGAGGCUGCGGGCUGACCCUGCAUUCAGCUCCUCCCCGGAGUUUCUGAGUAACUCAGCAGACAAGCAUCCUUCCUCCUCCUCCUCCUCCUCCUCCUCCUCCUCUCUCUCCCUGCCUGUCCCUGCGAUGAGCCGCUGCAGCUUCCACCUCUCCUCACCAGGCUACAGCCCUGAUCUGGCCUCCUCACCAGCGCAGGUAUCCAAGUCCCCCGCCGGGAUGGAAGAGCCAGGGCACCCACCGAGGGCUGGCAGGGGACACGUGGCCCGCGUGGGGAAGGAAGCCAUCACUGUCACCCUCCACUGUGCCAGCAACCUGCCAGCUACGCGGGAGGGCCGGGUGCCGUGGCCAUAUGUCAUCGUUAAGACCAGCAGAGGGGACGAGCAGAAGCCGGAGGCGACCCGUGCAUCCUCAGUGCCCACCCAUGCACCCACCUGGGAGGAGGAGGUGACGGUGGAAAUGGAUGCUGAAGAUGCGAGCCAGGCAGCCCUGACCCUCACCGUGGCAGACAAAGCCACCAAGGAGGCGUUGGGGACCUUCCAGCUGCUGGUGCAGCACCUCCAGCCCUUCCAGCCCCACCACUGCCGGCUGGUGCUGCCGAGGACGCGGGACCCGGCGGGGAUGGUCCUGUGUAUCACCGUCAUCCGCAGAGGGAGCUUCGUUCCUCGCUGCCGUGGAUUGAGCUACGUGGCCUUGGAGGUGCUGCUGCGGGGGCUGGGGGCCCCCCUGGCCACCCCCCUGGGGGCCCUCGUCGCCGUGGCCAGUGUUGUGACCAACAUUGGGGAGUACAAGCACCGCAUGGAGAAACACCCCCUUGCCUGUCCCAGCAUCAGCCCCACCACCAUCAUGUUCCCGGACCCUCCGGCGGCAGCCUUCAGCAUCGCCCGCACUGCCAACCACGGCUGCCCACAGAUGUCCCGACCAGCCGGGCCCCCAGAGCAGCCGACCUGGGACACCUCCUUCCUCUUCCAAGGCCGAGAUGUGGCCACCAUCUUCUCCGAAGAUGCCGCCCUGGUGAUCGAAUAUUAUCCGUACAAAGCCAUGUGGGAUCCUCCAGAAACCCUCAUUCCCGUGGGAUACUCGGUGCUGCCCCUCACCAGCCACGUUUUUCGGGAGCUGACGGCACAGAGCGGUGGGAUGCACGUGGACGGUCUCGUCAUACAGGGCACGGACCUCAAAACCAUGUCUGGGGCCAUCCCGACUGUGGGGCUCUGCCUGCAGCUCCUUCGAUCAGAGAGACUGGCGGCGUUCCCACCCCCAUCGGGCAGCCAUGCUCUCCCCAGCCCGGACCCUGCCGCCACCGGCACACUCGAGAGGGGCGAAGAGCUGUGGGCAGCCCCCAUGCACCCAUUUUCUUGCCAGCUCCACCAAGAUGAUGUGUCCCUCCCGGCAGCUGCUGCUGUGGCCAGCAUCCUGCCUGGAGAGCAACCGUUCCCACGCAGGAUGGGAGCGCCGGUGGAGGAGCAGAGGUCCCAGGAGAUCAUCGGGGACCACCAGGAGCCGGUGAGUGCUGGGGAGGCUAGAGGACAGGAGGUGAGCAGCUACCGCCUGGCGCUGAAGCAGAUGGCGGGGGACCUCCUCUCCCUGCGCCGGCAUGUCGCCAGCCUGGAGGUGGAGAACGGGCACCUGCGGCAUAGCCUGGCCUCGCAAGAGGAGCUGGGCCAUGCUCUGCUCGCCGACGGGGACCUGGACAUCAUGACCCGGGAGGAACUGCUGGACAGGCUUGCCACCCUCAAGCGCAAGUUGGUGGCCAGCACGGCGGAGAUGAGGAGGCUGAAGGACCGUGUCCAGCAGCUGCAGAAUGAGCUGAUCCGGAAAAAUGACCGGGAGAAGGAACUGGUGCUGCUCCAGCGAGCCCACUGGCAGCAGCAAGCCACGCUGCGGAGGUGCCAGGAGAAGGUGGCCAAGACGAAGGGCUUGGAGGAGACGGUGCGACAGCAGGAGAAGGUGAUCAAGGCAAUGGAGCAGGUGCUGCAGGAGAAGCUCACCGGGGUGGGCAGGAGGCCUGAGAAGCCAGCGGGUGAAGCCCUCUCCGGGGAGGUGUAUACCAUGCUGCUGGCCGAGAACCGCAGCCUGCUGGAGGAGCUGGCGAGGCCCCUCCACCCCUCGCCACCCACCCGGCGGCCCCUAGCCUUGCUGGGUGUUUUUGGGGGUGCGGAGAAGCUGUCUUUGCUGGCCAGGCUGGAGGAGGCACAAGCCCGUGGGUGGGUGAUGGAGAGGCAGCUGGAGGAGGCGGCCAGGAGGUGGGGACGCGAGAAGCAGGAGCUGGGCACUCGUCUGCUGGAGCGGGAGCACAGCUUCCCCCACGCUCCCACCUCGAACCUGCCAGUGAUCCCCCCCUUGAGAAGACCCCGGGCCCUGGCCCCCCUGCCCCAGCCCGUGCCCGGCGAGAGAGACAGAGAAACCUAA